UACAUAGGCUGGAAGCAGUCCUGUAACGCGUGCAUAGCUGUGGGGGCUCUCUGGAGCGGCCUGGAUGGGUGGAGGCCACUGGCAGACUGGUUCUCCACUGGGGUCUGUUUAGUCCAUCUGUCCUUUGGGUGGUGUUCCGGUGGUGAUGCUUGAGAGACCAGGAGGGGCGCGAUGUGGCGUGUUACCUGCAAGCUGAACCCCAAGCACCUCCCCGCAGCACUGAGCCGAGUGGAGCCCCUGAAGAAGGGAGCGGCUGGGGGAGGAGUGAAGGGCAAGAGGCGGAUGUUCUCCUUCUCCCUCAGGUGCAGAAUGGGAGUCAUCAGGGGACGCACCAAAGAUGAUGUUCCGUACUCUAAGAGUAGCCGGGACUCCAGCACCACUGAUGGCACUCUGAUCUCCAAGAGACGCAGCAUCGCAGAAGAGCUGCGCGGCGUGACCACAGUGGAGCUGAUGAAGAGGGAGGGCAGCAGCCUGGGCCUCACCAUCUCCGGCGGCUCCGACAAGGACGGCAAGCCCAGAGUGUCAAACCUCAGGCCGGGGGGGCUCGCGGCCAGGAGUGAUCAGCUGAAUGUGGGAGACUAUAUCAAGUCUGUGAACGGCAUCAACCUGACCAAGCUACGACACGAUGAGAUCAUCAGCCUCCUCAAGAACAUCGGGGAGAGAGUCAUGUUAGAGGUGGAAUACGACCUACCCCCAUAUGUGCACAAUAACUCCUCGGCCGUAAUCUCGAAGACCAUUGAGGUGUGUCUCCAGAAGGAAGGCAACAGCUUUGGAUUCGUCAUCAGAGGAGGCUUCCACGAGGACUGGCACAGGUCGCGACCCCUGGUGGUCACCUACGUCCGGCCCGGAGGCCCUGCGGACAGGGAGGGCACCCUGCGUGUGGGAGACCGGGUGCUGAGUGUGAAUGGCGUGGCCCUGCAUACACACAAGCACGCAGACGCCCUGACCACGUUGAUGCAGAGCAACCAGGAGUCCUUCUUCCUCAUCGAGUAUGACGUCUCCAUCAUGGACUCGGUGAAGCAGGCGUCUGGGCCUCUGUUGGUGGAGAUCCCGAGGCCUGUGGGCUCCACGCUGGGGGUCAGCCUCACUACCGCCCUCUACAGGAACAAGCAGGUCAUCACCAUCGAGAAGAUCAAACCAGCCAGCGUGGCCGAGAGGUGCGGGGCCUUGCAUAUAGGGGACAUCCUGCUGUCCAUCGAUGGCACCAACACAGAGCACUGUACCCUGAUGGAGGCCCACCAGCUGCUGGCCACCAGCUCAGACGUCACCAAGUUGGAGAUACUCCCAGCUCAUAAGGACUCAGUGCGCGUGCAGACGAGUGGCGGACAGCGGCAGUGGGACACUAGCGGGAGCUACCUGCAGCCGGGCCACCAGACGGGGCAUGGCAAACCGCCCGCCUCCCCCUGGAGCCUCCAGGCCAGCCAGAGCACCGCCGGCCCCCAGCACAGCCACCUGGCCGCCCCUGACCACUGCCGCACUCUACCCCCCAGUAGUUACUCCCCCUCCUCCACCAACACCUCGGGCUACCACAGCCAGAACAGCAGUGGCCAGACUCCAUAUGGCGGCAGCCUACAGCCCCCGUAUCCCAGCAACACUUACCCCUCCAGCCCCCGCAGCACCGUCACCAAGAGGAGGCAGAGGAGGAAGGACCACAAGAGCUCACUGUCUCUGAGCUCCAGCACGGUGGGUGCGGGCGGACAUGUGGUGCACGUGGAGACGGGCGAGGUGACCCUGAGAGGAGACCCCCUGAGCGGCUUUGGCAUCCAGCUGCAGGGGGGCGUGUUCGCCACAGAGACUCUCUCGGCCCCCGCCGCCAUCCGCUUCAUAGAGCCCGACAGCCCCGCCGAGAAGUGUGGGGUGAUCCAGGUGGGAGACAGACUGUUGUCCAUCAACGGAAUCCCCACAGAGGAUGGAACACUGGAGGAGGCCAAUCAGCUGCUCCGGGACACAGCACUGGCCAAUAAAGUUACACUGGAGAUUGAGUUUGAUGUUGCUGAAUCAGUGGUGCCCAGUAGUGGAACGUUUCAUGUGAAGUUGCCCAAGAGGCGAGGAGUGGAGCUGGGAGUGACCAUCAGCAUGAGCAAAAAGCCUGGACAACCACUUGUCAUCUCAGAAAUUAGGAGAGGCAGUAUUGCUCACAGGACGGGUACUCUGGAACCAGGCGAUCGGCUGCUGGCCAUCGAUAACGUGCGGCUGGAGAACUGUGGGAUAGAGGAGGCCAUGAAGGUCCUCCAGGGAGCUGAGGACAUGGUCAAACUCUGGAUACAGAAAGAUGAGGACAACAUGGAGGAGCUGGAGUCUGACAGCAUCCAGUAUACGGUGGAGCUGAAGCGCUAUGGCGGCCCACUGGGCAUCACCAUCUCAGGCACCGAGGAGCCCUUCGACCCCAUCCUCAUCUCCAGCCUCACGCGCAACGGCCUCGCACAGAGGACGGGUGCUCUGCACGUAGGAGAUCGUAUUCUGGCCAUCAACAGUGUGAGUCUGAAGGGGAAACCCCUGAGUGAGGCCAUCCAGCUGCUGCAGAACGCCGGAGAGACCGUCACCCUCAAGAUCAAGAAGAGAGCACAGCAUGCCAGUGGUUUGAGUGACACAGAGGAUGACCAAUCGGAGAGGGCAGCCACCCUCCCGGAACUCAACCCUUUGAACAUAGCAGGACUGGACUCUGUACUGGAGUCCUGGAACAGCUCUGGCAUUGACCCCGGAUACGACAGCCAAGGCGCGUACAUCCACCGCACAGCAGACCUGAGUCUGCACCCUCAGGAGUGGAGACGCACCAAACACAGGAGCCCGCAGCGCUCCUCCGGCCGCACACGCGCCUACGACGGGAGAUCAGGGGACGAUGACUGGAACAAGCACUUGGAAUCCGCCAGUCCCAUGUGUCGCCGGGCGCACAAUGACAAUCAGGAGAGCUUUUGGUCUCAGGCGCUUCAGGACCUGGAAACGUGCGGCCAGGCAGAGAUCCUCAGAGAGCUGGAGGCGUCCAUGAUGUCGACCAGCAGCCUGAGUCUGGGGACCGAUGACAACUCACAGCUGGAGUCCCAUGAGCACCUGGCACUGGGCAAGGUGUCGUCCUCCUCCACUGCGCUGGUGCCAGCUAGAGCCCCUCCCCCUACCCCUCCCCCCAAGCCCAAGAGGAGCUCAUGGGCAGGCACCGUGGACACGCAGGAGCUGAAGGACGCCACCUCCGCCUCACCUCUAGAACUGCUGAAGGUGACCUUGCGGAGGGACCUAGAGAUGCAUGACUUUGGCUUCAGCGUGUCAGACGGCCUCCUGGAGAAAGGUGUGUACGUAAACAUGAUCCGCCCCGACGGACCUGCACACCAGGCUGGCCUGCGGCCUUACGACCGCAUUCUACAGGUGAACCAUGCCCGUACACGAGACUUUGACUGCUGCCUGGCCGUGCCCCUGAUCAGCGAGGCCGGACAGCACCUGAACCUGGUGGUCAGCAGGAACCCCCUCACUCAGGCACACGUCUGGCCGCCACAGGACUGCGAGGACCCCUCAGGCCCUGGGACACAGCUUUACCCUCAGCACAGGCCCAAAGCAGUGCAGUUAUAAGAGACUACGGGAGAUUCAUACACACACACACACACACACACACACACACACACACACACACACACACACACACACACACACACACACACACACACACACACACACACACACACACACACACACACAGUAUGCAAACACUUGCAUAAAAAUACACAGUCGCUUACAUGCACACACAUUCACCUCCAUACCAUCCUCCAUUCCACACUGCAGGCUGGUCCUUACUGUUCCGAGGCCAUGUCAACUCUGGUCUUUAUCAGAUUUGACUCCUAAAUCACACUAGCUUUUUAAAUUGUCAACCACACAAUACUGCAAUACUACCACAAGACUAUUAUUUUAUGCACAUUGUUAUUUGGUGGUCUUUGCUAUGGCUCCCUUCUUUUGUAAUGAAUUCCCCCCCCUUGUUUUGACACAGUCUAGUUCACACCCACUCUUGAUUUCUUUUGUUCAUCACUCUUCGCCAUUGUCACUCGUUACUCUUGGCACCGAUAUUUCCUUUUGUGUUCCGGGGAAUUCAGCAAACCCCUUACUCCCUCACUAUGUCUUUCAUUGUUCGCUAUGUUUACCUUCACCAAUCACCAAUCUUGUUUUUUUCUUUCUUGAGUUUUUUUUUCUUAAUUGAGUUUAAAAAAAAGACACACUUCUUUCUCACUUCUCCCUUACAGCAUAACCGAAUUAAAUUUCAAUUGUAUGGCUGCAGUGCGGAAACCUAAGUAGUUUCUCACCAACACUUCAGAGGAUACCCCCCCCACCACCACCACCACCAUCACUACCACCCCCCCCCUUCCCACCGUCCCCCAACAGACA